AUGUCCACGCAGUAUGCCACUGAGCCCAAUCCCACCGCGUCCGCCACGCUGAACACCACGGUCGGCCCGAUCCACAUCGCCCUGUUUGCCAACCAGACACCGCUCACUUGCAAGAACUUCCUCCAACACUGCAAGGACAACUACUAUGCCGGCACCAUCUUCCACCGUGUCGCGCCCGACUUUGUGAUCCAGGGCGGCGAUCCUACCGGCACGGGGUCAGGCGGCACAUCUAUCUACGAGUACCCCGAGUUCGAAUAUGACCCGGAAGCCCGCGACCCGGACGAGCGCGUCGUGCUCCGUGAUGAGCUGCACAGUCGACUGCGCUUCACUCGGCGUGGACUGGUGGGGAUGGCCAAGAGCGAGGAUGGAUCGUACGGGAGUCAAUUCUUCAUCACACUCGCCAAUACAGAGCGCGAGCUGAAUAACCAAUGCACACUCUUCGGGCGGCUGGAGGGCGACAGUAUCUUCAAUGUACUCAAGAUCGCGGAGGCAGAUCGCGUCGAAGGCACAGAGCGUCCCAUGUACCCGGUCAAGGUGACCUCAUGUGAGGUGGGCGAGUUGGGUCCCUUGGCUGGCAAGUUGAAGGACCGGAAGGUCGUGUCUACGACUGGAGCCAAAGCCGAUGAAAAACCGAAGAAGAAGAAGAAGCCGACUAAGGGCAAAGCGCUGCUGAGCUUUGGCGGAGAUGAAGGCGAGGAAGAGAUGCCCAUGCGGCCGGCCAAGCCGAAAUUCAACACCAAACUCGUCGCAGAUGUCCCCGGUGGAGCAAAGGAGGCAUCACCCGAGCAGCCUCGAGCAAAAAACCCUCUCCACCACCACGGAAACGACCACGAUCUCCUUCUCCAGAACGCAAGCCGCGGCCACGACGCUCAACUGCCUCUGCGUGACCUCGAAUCUCCAGCGCGUUCCCCAACUCCGAGCUCUCCACCAGCGAAAGAAUCCAAAUUAUCUCGAACAAAUGCGCAGAUCGAAUCACUCAAGGCCUCGAUGCGCCGUAACGUCGACACGGGCCGCGCAGACACGGGCCACAAGAAAUCUGCACUCGAGGCUAUGAUCCCCGAGACGGCGAUUCGAGGACGCAGACGCCCGCCACCGGGGUCAUCAUCCAAUGGCGCCGGACGUGGGAGCAGCAUGAAUGGCUCUUUGGGGUUCGGUGGCGCCGCCGAGAACGAGGCACUCCGACUUUUCAACGCCUUCAAGGCCAAGCUGGACGGCGCAGAGACGGAGCAUCCCACGAAAGCCAGCGGACGGCCCUCAAAACAUGCAGAUGCGGAAGCAGACGCAGAUGACGAGGAGGCCCAGCUCUGUGAUCUACAUUUUAUCGCAAACUGCCAAUCAUGUCAGUCAUGGGAUGACCCGUCCGCCGGCGCGGCAGAUGAUUCCCGUGACGAUGAAGGCUGGCUCACGCACGAGCUGCGAUUUGGCAAGGAUAGACUCGGCAAAGAUCUGAAUUGGAAGCGCGAUCACCCAGACGAUGCAGACUCGUUGAUGGUCAUCGAUCCGCGCGAGCGGGAGAAGGAGCUCGCCGGGGCAAGCGGCAGUGGACGUCGUCGGGGAUUGCAACGGGAUCGAGAGCGAGAGCGGAAGCGGGAACGAGUGGGUGAUUUGGAGUGGGAUCGGGGGAAGUGA